AAAAUAAUUUUAUAAUUUUAAUGUUACAAGAUUACGCUGAGUGAUCGUGAAUUUAACCCCAUAUCUUCGUUAUUAAUGUCCACACUUAAAACUACUUUUAGCACUUAAUUAAUGCUUAUCCACAAAUUAUUAUACAAGUGGUUCUUUAAUAUCUAAGCGUGAAAGUAUAGUUUGAUACGGUAUAAAAACAGUACGGUGAAGAGUUGAGUUUUUUUCUUCUUAGAGAUUUAAAGAUUGAAUUUUUGGGGUGUCAAAAUUUGAUGUUUUAUUUGGCUUCGUCUCAAAUUUUUGCAAUUUGUAAAGAUACAGCUGGAAUUGCAGGGAACAUCUUUGCUUUUGGAUUGUUUCUGUCUCCAAUAACUACAUUCAGGAGAAUAAUGAGAAAUCAAUCAAUCUAACAGUUCUCAGGGAUGCCAUACAUAUAUGGGCUUUUGAACUGCUUAAUCUGUGCCUGGUAUGGCACCCCCCUUGUAUCUCCCCACGAUUUGUUAGUUACAAUGGUCAAUUCAGUUGGUGCUGUUUUUCAACUUGCCCACAUUGUAAUUUUUGUAAUGUAUACAGAGAAAGAGAAAAAGUUCAGGAUGCUGGGAUGGAUGCUCGCAGUCUUUGGCCUAUUUGUGAUUAUUGUACUUGGAAGCUUGUGUAUACUUGACUUGGAACUCCGACGCAUCAUCAUUGGCUCCCUGAGUUGUGCUUCCCUCAUAUCAAUGUUUGCCUCCCUGCUGUUUAUAUGCAAUCUGGUGAUGAGGACCAAGAGUGUCGAAUUCAUGCCAUUUUACCUGUCCCUCUCCACCUUCCUAAUGAGUGCCUCUUUCUUUUUUUAUGGAAUUUUCAGUUUUGAUCCAUUUAUAUAUGGACCAAAUGGCAUUGGAACACUUUUAGGAGCUGUACAAUUGCUUUUAUUUGCAUAUUACAGAAAUUUUUCAAGGUGGGACUCUACUGAAGGCUUUAUAGUGUCUUAUUCAUGAACUAGAGAUUAAAGAAAUUAGUGUCUUAUGCGUGAAGAGAACACCGAGGAAGAAAGUGCAGGAUGUUGUUGUAUUGAUAUAAAAAGAGGAGGGCUAGACCAUACCUCUAUAUAAACAUACAACUGGUGAUUCAAUCACCCCAAAAAGAAGGUGAGACUUGAGAGUAAGUUCUCACUAGAUCGUGUGGAGAAUGAUUGGAAUUGCAAGCUCACGGUGAUGGAUGUUUCCUAGUCAUUGAGCCCCUUCAACUAUACCUGGUUCCUGAAUAUCUGUUUUCUGCAUAUGAUCUGCAAAGUUGGAAGAUAACUUGUUGGCCCUCAGGGCAUUUGUUCAUCUUGUUCCCACUUUCCCUUUGGAACUCAUUCUUCUGACAUGGAUAGUGGAUGGAGCUCAUAUAGUUGUGAUUAAGUAUGCACAUUCUUUGUUCUACGCUAGACAUAAUGCUAAAGAAUUGAGGCAGAUUCAGGAUCUUAAUGGGUUCGGAAUUUUCUUGCCACAGUUCAUUUGAUUUUCUGGCUUCCGAACAUAUUAUUUGUACCUAUCUAGUGUGUUUUUAACACAGAUAUACAGUGUAUGGGCUGAACAUACCAGGUUCAGUUGAACCCGCUCGUUAUACUAUAAAUCUGCUCCUGCUAAAGAAGUUGUUAUACUGUUUAUAUACCCACUUUUUCAUUAACAAUAGUUCUAGUAUACUAGGCGAUACAGCAUUAACGUCCAGAAGCCCUUUUGUCUUCCCUGCAUACUCGACUUUCAGUACCAGUUGGUAAUAAGAUGGUCGAUUGAAGCAUAUGUUGAGUCAAGAGAAAAGGAAUAAGCUUGAGCUUUCUUAGGUUUCAAGUGUUGAUAACUGAAAUAGCUAUGAAACUGGUGAGAUCCUCAGAACUCAGCUGCAAAAAAUCUGAGUUUCCGUGCAUAAACUUUAGUUUGUUUGCACCCGCUGUAAUCUAUGAUUUGACUGUUCACUUUAAGUUAUUUCCAGUCCUGUGAAGGAGGGUAAAGACCUGAAGAAUGAUGCAGGGACAAUUUCUGUGUCAAAAGAUUUAUUUAACUUCGUCUCUCAACUGAUAGUUGAAUCCAUUAUCGGCUUGAUGAAGUGGCGUGGCCUCUCUGAUCAUACAGAAUAAGACCACUGAACUUUGGCAGCUCACACUUUUCACCCAUAAGUAUAGGCCUUUGCCACACAGGUGAAUCUGAACUGCGACUCUGCCAUCCAAAAUCAGCUUCAACCUGAUCACCACUAACGAGCAAUGGAGAAAGCUUCUGUUUCUGGCUCCACCUUACUGAGCUUGUUAGAUCCUCCUUCACCGAACCCAACUCUGCUCGUGGCUCCGAACAAUCUACGUCGGUUGAAGUUGAAUCAUCGAUACACGGUUCUUGAUCAUCUGUUCUCUUUCUUACAUAUCUCCUUAAAGCAGCAAUAAUGCAAGUUCCAAUAACUAAGGAGCAGAUGCAAACUACCAAUAAUGAAACAGCUCCAUGGGUUGAUAUUUUCCAUUUGUUUUCUAAAUUCCAUAUUGCUUCCAUGUUGUGUAUCCAGUAAGUAUCAGAAAAUAAUUGAUGAAAGUUCAAGACAUAA